UGAAAGUGGCCGUCGAGAGAUCCGUGACGUGGGAUCCGUGUCGGGGAUGUCAGCGUCGGUCGGCGGCGGCGGCGUGCCCGGCGAGUCGACGGCGCGCUCCCGGCGCCGCGAGGACAUGCGGAACAUCCUGCGGCAGCGGCGCCACCGGCGGAGGCUCAUGCUGCUGAGCUACGGCGAGGGCGGCGUCGAGCAGUACACGGACAAGACGCGCAACGCGGCCGUCGUCAUGGGCGAGAAGGACAUCAAGCUGAGCCUGAAGCAGCAGCGGCGCGCGCUGGCCGCCGCCCGGGGCCUGAGCCUGCCGGCGUGCGCGCAUCCCUCCGGGCUCACCGCGCUCGCCAGGGCGCACCGGCGCGGGGGCCAGGCGCGCGCCGCGCUGCAGCUCGCCGAGCAGGCCCUGCUGCUGGACCCGGCGCACAAGGCGGCGCUGCUCGAGCGCAGCCAGUGCUACCAGCAGCUCGGACAGCCGCGCCUCGCGCUGCUCGACGCCGAGGACGCCCUGGACCUGGACAAGACGAGCAACGCCGCCUUCCUCCACAAGGCGCGCGCGCUCUACGCGAUGGGCCACUUCGAGAAGGCCCUGGUCAUGUUCCACCGCGGCAGCCGACUCCGCCCGGACAACCCGGCCUUCCGCGAGGGCAUCCAUCGCUGCCGGGAGGCCAUCAUGAACAUCAUCGGCUGCUUGCCCAUGGACUUCGCGCUGUCGUCUUGCGAGAGGUUGAUGCAGCAGGGCGUCUGGCCGGACGAGGAGAGCAGCGUGGGGUCGGCGCGCCGGGCCGCUGAGAUGGGCGCGCUCGGGGCCUUGCGGACCACGACGGCAGGGGACCCAGCCGACGACGGCGGCUCGCCCUGGGAGGACCAAUGGGCAGCGGAGCACUACCCGGACUCUGCGGUGCGUCGGCGUCCUGGGGUGAGGUUGGCCGCGGGCUGUGCGGGUGCAUGAGCGUGUGUGCUCAGUCGCAGGUGCUGCCGGGGCUCUGCGAGAGCUGCAACACGGCGCAUCAGUACAGCGACCUGCGGCGCGCCGGCCUCGGGUGCGCCGCCGUGACGGGGGUGGCGCCGACGACCGGGGUCGAGGAGGAGGCGCGCCAGAUCGCGCUCAUCCUGAGCGUGACGAACGCUCACGACGGCCGCAACAAGCACCUGCGCGAGAGGCUCAUGGAGAUCCCCCCCAGCCCACCCCCGCCGGUCGCCUGCUCCCCGUCGGCCCGCCCUUUCGACUGCUUUGACGCCCGGCCGCGGUGCCGGCUCCAGGGCGCGUCGCCGCGCACGCACAGCAGCAGCUCUGGCAGCAGCGCGGCGCGCAGGGAGGGGCUGCCGCCCCGGCCCCAGGACGCCGACGUGGAGGGCGACCGGGCGUUUCGCCCCGGCCUGGACAGGGUGCCACCCUCCCUCGGGCGAGACGCCACGUUUCUGCAGCAGAUCGCCCGAGA